UAAGCGAUCCGCCGCCAGACCUGUCGCCUCGCAGCUGAGGCUUGACUAGCUAGCUCCUGAGCAACUCUUGACCUGGACAAAACAGCUGAGGCGCCGUGUCUGAUGCAAUGUGAUGGCCACCCGCCUAGAAGCCUGGGGAUUCAGAAGAGCAAGAGAGGAAGUGGCCCAAACAGACACGAGGGCUAUGGCCGACCUUACUAACGAGGCCUCUAAGUCCUUUACUGAUGAGGUACAGAGUUUGGGUUCGUUCAGCAACUCUGGAGGACCGCAGCCCCCGCCGCAUGCCUCUGGGAGCAAACCUGAGAGUGGAAGACUAACUACAUGCUUGGAAUAUCAAGACAAACAAUCUGAGCUUUCAGACUUCAGAAAUAAUGAAACAGAGUUGAGCAGAAAAUGGAUCAACCACCUCAAGGGCAAAGAGACUAACUCUGGACAGCAGCAAUUAGACACUGCAGUUCACACAGAAAUCACUCGUGUAUCCGAUGAAGAACUGAAUGCCCUGCGCUCUUUUUGCACCGCUAAGAUAAACCUGCUCCGUCACAGAGCAAACUCCAAGGAGAAAAAAAGCAACAGACAUCAAACGCUGCAACUUAGAUGGAAUGCAGAUGCUUCAAAGACAGACGCCUUAAACUGUAAUGUCCCUGAUGAGCUUUUGAACAGAAUCUAUUUAAAAAACAUGAGGACAACAAAAGUGGUGGCAACAGUGAAGCAGCACAUUUCUUCUCAGUGUCCCAGUUGUAACAGAAAAAGAGCAGAACUGGCCCAGUCUGCUUUUCUGACACGAAAGAAGACUUUACUGGAAACAUUUCUACUCCAAAAGAAAAUCGAUGAACAUCUUCAUACUAAAGACUUUCUUACCUUUAUUGGAGAGGCACAUCAGGGCCUUCCUAGGCUUUCAGAUGACCCCCAAAUUAUCUGGGAAAGAAUAAAAGAGAAAAGUCAGAUCAGAUACUCUGGUUUUGAAAAGUCAGAUACAAAGCAGAAGAUGUGAUAGAAUGGAAAUAGCACUUGUAUUCACCUUUUUCUCUACCAUUUCUUGAACCACUUACUCUAACCAAACAUGAGAUGGUAUUUAUUAAUGACAAUGUAUAAUGUGGAUAAUGUUUCUAUUGUGUAUUUGAGUAAUUAUUAUCAUCUCUACAGGCACUUUUUGGAAACUAAUUUAGGACUUUACUUCCCUCUCAGAUUGGACUAAAAAUUUCCAUUUAAUGCAUUUUUCAAAAUGUAAAGGGCCACGCUGUUGGAAUAAUUAAUGUUUUUACAACAAUCCAGGAGGAAAAUGUUGGCAGUUUGAACUAGUUUUGACAGUACACAUAGGAAAAAGUACAAACAUGUAAGAGAUAUUUAGGAGGUAAUGAGUGUCAGUCUCUGAUGAAGAAAUGGAUAUGGGGAUUUAAUGAAAGGUGAAUGUUAAGAAUGUUACUAAGCUACUGACUGUAUACUUGGAGGUGUAAUAAUUUCAUUAAGACAGGAACUUCAGAAGAGGAUUGUGUUUGGUGGGAAUGAUGUAGGAGUAUGAUUAUUUGGAUGAUUAUAUGUCAUUAUAUGGUUACUUUGAGGUGUAUCUGAGACUCGAGAAAAUUUGUUUAUUUGUGCUUGCUGUCUAGAGAAAAUAUCUAGCCUAGAGAUUUGAAAUAAAGGAGUGGGCUGGGGGAGAUCAUUGGCAUAUAGUUGGAAAUUGAAGUCAUAGAUGUGGUGAGCUCUUCUGAAAGAGAGUAGAGUGAGAACAGAAGAAGGGCUGUUACCCACCCCUGAGAAAUUCAACAAUUAAUGGCAGGGUGUCAGAGAAUAAGCCAGGAAAGGAGGUUGAGAAGAAAUUAUCGUAGAAGGGUAAAGGAAGCCAGGCGUAUGCAGUGACACUGAGACCAGCGAAAGGCUGGGUUGUCUCAGUCUGUGUAACGGAAUUCACAUGACAUAGCUUAGUCAUGUGUCAGGCUCUGCUGAUCUUAGCAAAAACCACUUCAUUUACAGGAACUGGACAGAGUGGAUGGAGGUGUAAAUGUGAAGUAAGGAGGUGAAGAGUAUGAAUGUAGACUACCCCCUAAAAUUUAGCUGUGGAGACAGAGAGAGGGGAAGCUGGAGAUAGAUGCAGAAUUUGAGGGAAGCCUGCUUGAACAAAUGAUCUAAAAAGCCAUUUUUUGACAUAAAGACUUCAUGAAAUGUCUCUUGUUCAUCCCAAUUUCCAUUCUGAUGAAACAAGAUUGUCCCCUGAAUAUCAGGGCAUUCUGAAAAUAAAUUUAUUGGGGAAAAUGUUAGAUGGUAUUCUGAGAAAUCAUAUUUAUUACUUAUUUUCUCUAUAAAAAUAUAAAUCCUGGAACUAGUGACAAUACCUGGAGGUCACUUAUAUACAUGUCUAACACCUCAGCUAUUAGAGUAAAAAAAAUGUAUUUGUAAAAAUCCUCCCAUAAUAGUUUUGUAUCAUACUCCCAUAAUGGUCUUUGAAUUUAGACUUUCAUUUAUGUAUAAAGAUAGUCUUGUGUCCUGUAAAAUGUAGCAUAUCUUCUCAUAGCAAGUCAUCCCUAAAUAAAAUGG